AUGUCGACGUACCCAAGCUCCAAGGCAUCUCAUUAUUUGCAACGAAGCAAAGCGAGAUUGCAGAUUGUGUCAGAAUCACUACAAUGUAGCGCAGAUAGAGCACGAGUUGCGAGACAAGCCAAGUUCUCAAUGCGAUCUGGAAGCGUUGGGCCAGAUCAUAGCAAAAGUCAAAACUCAUCUGAUGGCAACCAGCAUCCAGGUCAAGUGGAGGUCGACGAAUCCAUUGUGUUCCCUGAAUUCAUCGAUUUACCUGAUGAUCUACACUCUAUUUUCCAAUGGGACAGACCAAUGAGGCCGGACGACAGUGAAGGCCUGGUCAAUCAGGUGAUUGCAGAGAUGCAUCCCGACUGGCGACCCUUAGGAGCUGGCUUCAUGGUAACGUCGCGUGGUGCUCUCGUCGAUACCGGUCUACUUGAAGAAGGGGAUUGGGAUUUUCAACGUUCUGCUUCAUCGUCCUGGAGGGAGCCUCAAGUCUACCCUGGUCCUUGGGACGCGUUUGACAACCCUCAUGUAUUUGAAGAUGCCCUUGUACGAUUGUUCGACAGCCUGUUUACACCUCUUACUCGGGCAAACUUCCUGAACAGAACGAAAUUGCCCCUUCACAAUCCUCCUUCCUCCACAGAGAAACCACCCUUUUGUUACCAGUAUGAGAAGGACCAGACUUAUUUUAUUAGUCUCAGAUGUGGGCUUCCACUACGGUAUAAUCAGCCCUGGUUUCCGCUCCAGAAAAAAGACCUUCCGGUCCUCCCCAAGAGAUUUUUAUGCAAAGAUGAACAUUUAAUGAAAGCGGAGACGAGCUUGCCAAUCAUCGUGUAUAAGGAGAAGAGGACUCUUCGCCAGUGGAAAGAAGCCUCCUUGCCUGGUCAGCGGAAAGACUGGCGUGCAUGUCCACAUGUGUGCACUGCAUCUGGCGGCAAGAUCCCAGCGGACUUUCUUGCCUAUCACGCACCCGAGAACCUUCUGAAUAUUCGAUUCAUGUCGGUCGGAUGUUUAAAAAAGUCAAAGAGACCUAGUAAACAUGCCGAUGCUCACCGCCUGAUCGCAGCGCAUAUGGGAGAUUGGGUUGACAUGACUUUGAGUACAGAGGAAUACUCUCUGAUUGAACGCAACCCAGAUGAAGUCAAGUACCAAUUAUUCUCUACCUUGGCCAGUUCAUUGCAAAACAACCUAUCAUCCUCUCUGGAUGACGCUUACUGCGAUCAACCAUAUGUUUGGGAAUCAUCCGGUUCGCCCCAGCGCUCGCCUCUAGAAAAGGAAUGGCAUCCACUUCCUCAGCUGAUCAAGGCCAACCGUAAGAAGCGCAUCAAGAUUCUACUUCCAUACGAGAACUUUUGUGGUGCAUUAUUCGGUAAAGAAUUCCAAAUUAAUCGCCUCAUUCGGGAGGAAACUCAAUGCAAAGUUUACUCUGUCACCAGACUCGACAACUCGAAAGAGGGUUUGGAGGCAAAGGUCUUUCAUCUUCAAGGAGCGGCCAGAUCUAGCCGCCAAUCGAGGAAGAGAACCAUUGCUAGAGUCAAGAACGUUGUCUAUCAUGUGAAGGAGGCGGGAAAACUUUUCCUCGUUUAUCAAGCGUCGAACUCCUCUACUGCCCGGGGAAGGGUGCUCGAGCAGUCUCCCAGACCGGAAAGCAGCGUCGAUAUGAAUUCUAGUAUUUCAAAGCAGCCGGCCAAAUCCCGAAGGACGAGGCGCAGAAAAAAGGUCCAAGGGAGUAGUACAAAGGAGGUGGGAUCAACCAUGGAUCACAUGGAUGACUUGAAUUUGUCCGAGAUCCUUGACCUUGGUGGUAGAUCGAGCAAAUUGAAGCCUUUUUAUGGGAUUCUUGACAGCACGUCUACCAAGGAACUAUCUCUCCAAAUCAACAACCUAACUUGCGAACGAGCGUUCUUGGACAGACAGCUGUCGAUUCUACACAACUCCACAACAUUUCAGGGCGAGAAAGAAUCUACCCUAACAAUUGGCCAAUUGCGGAACCACAUUGAGUUCCUUCAAACGGAACGUAGACUGCGCACGAACUUCAACGGUUGA